GAUUAUGCAUCGCUAAUGCCGAAGGAAGUGGCAUCUCCAUUUUCCAUAAACAACACAUUAGGGGAUUACUUUACUACUACCACUCACAAUUUGUAACCCUCUCAACUAACUACCAGACAAAUUCACCAAUCUCAGCAUCUCCUCCAAAUCCACGUACCUAGAUACCCUUGCUUCCUUCCAUUUCUCCAACUCUUCAUGCUCUUUCUCUUCUACACUUAUAACAUAACUACCUUUUUUUCUCUUCCUUUUUUUCCUACUAACUAACUAACUCGCUUUUCAUAUCUCGACCAUGGCUUCUUUGAUUCAUUGUCCCGGGUUCAUUGUUCCCACCCGUAGUAAACGUUUCAUGAAGACCCAUACCUACAAGCUUCGACGACUUCGUUGCUCUUUGGAUUCUAAUGUUUCCGAUAUGAGUACCAACGCGCCAAAAGGACUGUUUCCUCCUGAGCCUGAACAUUAUCGAGGACCGAAGCUAAAAGUUGCUAUCAUUGGAGCUGGGCUUGCAGGCAUGUCAACUGCAGUGGAACUUUUGGAUCAAGGCCAUGAGGUGGAUAUAUAUGAGUCGAGAUCUUUUAUUGGUGGAAAAGUUGGUUCUUUUGUUGAUAAACGUGGAAAUCACAUUGAAAUGGGAUUGCAUGUUUUCUUUGGUUGCUACAACAAUCUUUUCCGACUAAUGAAAAAGGUGGGUGCAGAUAACAAUCUACUUGUGAAGGAUCACACUCACACUUUUGUAAACAAAGGGGGUCAAAUUGGAGAACUAGAUUUUCGGUUCCCGGUUGGGGCUCCAUUACACGGGAUAAGAGCAUUUUUGACCACAAAUCAACUUAAUACUUAUGAUAAGGCUAGAAAUGCUGUGGCUCUUGCACUGAGUCCAGUUGUCCGAGCUCUUGUUGAUCCAGAUGGAGCAUUGAGGGACAUAAGGAAUCUAGAUAGUAUUAGCUUUUCAGACUGGUUUAUGUCUAAGGGUGGCACGCGCACGAGUAUUACAAAAAUGUGGGAUCCAGUUGCCUAUGCCCUUGGGUUUAUUGACUGUGAUAAUAUCAGUGCACGUUGCAUGCUCACCAUAUUUGCAUUGUUUGCCACAAAGACCGAGGCUUCCCUUUUGCGGAUGCUGAAGGGUUCACCAGAUGUUUAUUUGAGCGGACCUAUCCAAAAGUACAUCACAGAUAGAGGUGGAAGGUUCCAUCUUAGGUGGGGAUGCAGAGAAAUACUUUAUGAUAAAUCUGCUGAUGGGAGCACUUAUGUUACAGGACUUUCCUUGUCAAAGGCUACUGAGAAGAAAAUUGUGGAAGCUGAUGCUUAUGUUGCUGCCUGUGAUGUACCUGGAAUUAAAAGAUUAAUCCCACCAGAGUGGAGGGAAAAGGAGUUGUUCAAUAACAUAUACGAACUUGUUGGAGUUCCUGUGGUCACAGUGCAACUCAGAUACAAUGGUUGGGUUACAGAAUUGCAGGAUCUAGAACUGUCAAGGCAACUGAGGAAAGCUACUGGGUUAGAUAACCUUCUCUAUACUCCUGAUGCUGACUUUUCUUGCUUUGCCGACCUUGCUCUUGCAUCUCCUGAAGAUUAUUACAUUGAGGGACAAGGAUCGUUACUCCAAUGUGUUCUGACGCCUGGAGAUCCAUACAUGCCCUUGCCUAAUGAAGAAAUUAUUUCAAGAGUAGCAAAACAGGUCAUAUCACUGUUCCCAUCAUCUCAAGGUUUAGAAGUGACUUGGUCAUCUGUUGUUAAAAUUGGCCAAUCUCUGUACCGUGAGGGACCUGGCAAAGAUCCAUUUAGACCUGACCAGAAGACACCAGUGAAGAAUUUCUUUCUUUCUGGUUCUUACACAAAGCAGGAUUACAUAGACAGCAUGGAAGGCGCAACCUUAUCCGGCAGGCAAACCUCAGCUUAUAUCUGUGACGCAGGGGAAGAAUUGGUGGCAUUGCGGAAGGAGCUUGUUGCACAGUCUAAAGACGACAUUAAAUUUACAAACACUAAAGAUGAAUUGAGUUUAGUAUGAGAGGAAUAUUCAGAUAAGCUAGUCACGUUAUAUGAAGUAAAGCUUGUUCUUUAUGCAUGUAAUAUUUUAUGUUGUAUAUUUAAUCAAAAAGCAAUUACGAAAAUUGUUAGUAUUGCAGCAAGUAGUGCUGUUUAUACUUGUGAAUUAUGGUGUCUAUAAAUUGUGAUUCGCAUUCAGUGGUAGACAUUCUUAAUAAUGAGGUAAUGCUGGUGGAACUGAUCACUGUAAAUGGGGAUUCAUUUAGAGUAAAUACUAAAUUAUGUCUCUAUAAA